CAGAGGUCGCUUGUUGAUGUUAAUGCACUCAUAAAUAUUUGGCGGGUAAAAUGGCGUUGUGGAAUAAAGUGGUUUCAGGAUUUGACAAAGAAGAAGAAACUGUAAAUUUUGGGGCAAGAGCGAUAGCAGAAAAUAAUGGCUCUUUAUAUGAAACUUGUACUACAGCAACGAUACAAUCGAAUGAGAAGGUAUCAAGGGAACCAAAUAUUUUAGCGUCUAUACAAUAUUCAAGAGUUUGUAUAGCAAUUGAUAAAUCAAUCACUAUAUUUGAAAAUGAAACGUGUGAAAAAAUACUAAUAAAUGUUAGUUUCGAAUUAUUAAUAACAUGUUACUGUAUUUCUCAUGAUGGUAUAUUUUUAUUUGUUGUUUUAUCAAAUGGAACAUUAUAUUGUCUUCAUUUAUUAAAUAAGGGACAAAUAACCUUCGCAAAAAAUAUUACAAAAACUGAAGAUAAAAUAACAACAAUAUUUCUACAAAAUGAACCCGAUCAAUAUAUUAAUAUAUAUCUUGCCACAAAAAAUGGAGCCGUUUACAGAAUAUCACAGUUUAAUACUAAACUUGUUCAGUCUACUCUUGCAAACGAAAUUAAUGUUAAUGAUAUGUUAAAAGAGGUAACAAAAGAAAUUAAAUGUACACAAUUAUUUGAAGGAUUUUUUUAUGAUGAGGUAAUAUAUGCUACCUCGAGUAUGAUAACUAAGGAAAUAUCAAUAGCUAUGUUAUGCUCGAAUAUGUUAUUUAUGUGGCCUAGUAAACAAUAUAUUAAUUUUAGUAUGUUUAAUUAUAAUUAUACUAAAGUUAAAUUUUUUAAGAAUUACAUUGCAAUGUUAUGUUUGCGUACAGAUUAUAUCCUAAGUGUAAUAUGUCCUCGAACUUUACUUGCUGUAAAAGUAUAUUCUAAAUCUGUGUUAGAUUUUGCAAUUAUUGAAAGUAAUAAUAAUAAUUUGUGUCAAAUCCUUAUGUUAACGUGUGAUACUAAUUGUACUGCACGUACAUUACAUAUGGUCUCUUACCCAGAUUUCCAAGAAAAAUUUAAAAUAAAUGUAUCAAUUACAACGUAUCUUAUUGAAAUUAUGGAUCCUUGUGAUGAAGUAAUUUUAUAUUUGGAAGGAAUUAAUGGUUCUAACAAGGAUGAAUAUAUAGAUACAAUUAGAGUAAAAACUAUAUCAGAAAGUCUACCUGAAUACCAAUUGCAACGUUUAGUUAGAAAAAAACAAUUUGAUGCAGCUGAAGCUUUUGCAAAUAAAUAUAAUUUAUCUACAGAUCCUAUUUAUUAUGCAAAAGUUACAUUGCUUCUGUCACAAUUUGGACCCUGGACAAAAAAAAAUUUUAGUCCUGUUCAAUUAAAUGUGCUUUUUAAUAUAUUUGACAAAAUAAAAGAUGUGCAAUAUGUGGUAGAAUGUUGUAACAAAGCACUUACAUCAGAAUAUAAACAAAUGAAAAAAAUUAAUUUAUAUGCACGUUCAAGAGUAAUAGAAUAUGCCGCUAAAGAUGAUAAAUAUUUAAAUCUUCUUUUUUCAACUAAUAAUAUACUACAUAAGUUAGAAAGUUUUCAUAUGAUUUGGGGUUAUCAGAAAAAUGUAGAAUAUUAUGAUGAAGAUAUUAUGAAUGAAUGGAUUAGAUUUUCACGGGCAAAUUUAAUUGAAGAAUAUAAAACAUAUUUGAGUUUGGGUGAAAUGGAAGCAGCUACUUUAAUUUGGACAAGACAUCUUCCAGAUUUAAUAAAACAUGUAUCUAUAGAAAUUGUAAAAGAUAUAUUUACAAUUCUUCCUGAGAACAUAUCGUUAAUUGCUCUUUGGUCAUGGUUGUCACAUUUUAUUCCGAGUUUAUUGUCAUUUAUUCCUAAUGUGAUGCGUGAAAUAAUUCUUUGGGGUAGUAAAAAAAUUAAAUCAUUUGAACACUCUCAUCGUUCGGAAUGGCCUCAGAUUGGAAUUGAUUUUACAAAAAAGUUUAUAAAGUUAUUGAAAUUUGAAGAAAACCAUCAUUCUUUAUAUCUUCAGCAAGAAUAUCUAAACAAAGACUCUAAUUUAAAACAGCUUGUUUUUUUAAUACAAGCUAUGUCUGAUAUUCAAAAACUUAAAGUUAAUUAUAGAUUAACAAUCUCUCUUAAUUCGUAUAUCGAGGACCCUUUGGAAGUAUCAUAUAUAUUAUUGGAUAAAAUACACGUAGAUAUACUUCGAGAAUUUGUAAAUACGUUUUUAAAACAAUACAUGUUAAAUAAUUCUUUACAAAAUGAUUAUGUGUUUUCGUCGUAUGUACAGACUAAAUUACAACAAACGUUAGAAGUGCUAAAAAAAGCUACAGUUCCAUGGUCUUCAACUAUUGUAUCUUUAACAGAAACAAGUUAUAAUUUUGACCAUAUUUUAACAUCCCAAAUCAAGAUAGAACAUAAUUGUGUUCCAAUUAAACUUAUCCUAAAGAAAUAUGGAUAUGAACGCAUUGGUAUAAAUAAUAAAUUAAUACAUCGUAUAAUAAAAGAAAAUCGUGAAAGUAUGAUUUCAGAUAUUGAACAAAUAACCAAAAAUGACUUAUUAUCAAGAAAAAAAGCAUUUUCAUCUUGUGUAAAUUAUUAUCUAGUUAGAAGCAAUUUUGAAAAUGUAACGAAGACGUUAAAUUCCUUAGAGGAUGAUGUCUUGUUAUAUUGUUGUUUACAAAUCGUUAAUUAUGUAACAGCUAGUUUAACGUUAAAGAUCAUGCCUGAAUCCCUUACAUAUCAUAUUGAAAUGUUGGGUUGGAUAAAAUUACAGUUGGAAAAGCUUUCAAGAAAGUGCAAAAUCCAUUUCAAUCAUUGUCACAACGUUAUCAAUAAUAUAAAUGAAAUAAAAUCGAUGUAUUUUUUAAAGAAAGAUUUCGAAAUUGAUAUUACACUGGAAGAAUAUCACGUUAAAAAAAAGCAGAUAUUACAAAAUUACAUUAAGAGACUGCAUAAUGUGAGUAUAAAGGAAGAUGAAAAUUUAUUGAUCACUUAUAAAAAAGUUAUAAAGAUUGCAGAUUUACUUAAAUUACAAAGAAUUAAUGCUAUAUUUAUAUUACUAGAACAGACAAACAAUGUAAACAUAUUAAAUUAUUUCAUUAGGUGCAAAGAAGGACAAUUAAAUAUAAUGACAGAUGAAUGCCAAUUUGUAUAUAAGAUAUGUCUAUUAAUUAUGCAGGAUGUUAAACUAGAUACAGAUAUUGCACUUACAAUUCAUAGCUUAAGUUCUGCUGCAUUAUGCGUAUGUUUAGAUGAUGAAUUACAAUCUAUAUUAUUAUUACAAACAUGGACAAAUUUAUAUCAAAAGUGUGCUAAUAAAAACUGUAGAUAUGGUCUGGAUUCACCACAUGUGAGGAAUGAUGAAAUACCAAGAUCAAACUGGAAAUUAUAUAUAAUGUAUAAAGAUUUAGCUAUUGCAACGGAUCAAUUUUUAUUACCACUCUUUAGAAAUGUAAUUUCUGUACAAAGACAUUAUAUGGCUAAAUUAAAAUACGCCAAUUACAGAAGAACCAUUGAAUGAUUUGCUCAGUAAAAUAAAAAAUUUAAGAAUAGAACAUAGCGAUUAUUGCUUAUUACAGAUUAUUAAAACUUUAUACUUCAAUUUUUGCGUUAUAUCUAUAUUUAUUAAUAUAAAUGAUACUCUAUUAAUAAAAAUUAAAUCAGUAUAUUUUCAUCUUUUGAUGAUACUGUUGAAAAAAAUAAUAAAUAGCCGAUUAUUUGAUCUUCAGCUUAGUUUAUCGUGCUUGUUUAUGUUGCCUGAUUCAGAAGCAUGUAAAUGGAUAUCUUCUGCUUGUAAAUCAUUUCAAACAGAUUGCACUCGACAUUUAAGAAUAACAAUACUUGGAUAUGAAUAUUUUCAUUUAACAAAAAAUAUAACAUUUCUGGAAAUAUUUAAAAAUAAUAAAAUAUUGCAUUAUUGGGCACAAAAAUUAUCUAAAUAUUUAAUUUCACAUAAAGAACUCUUAACAAGUGAUAAUACAACUAAGAGAGAGAUAUUGCAACGUAUUAUGAGUUAUAAUGAUGAUAUGGUCCCUUUGUUUCAAGAAUUUUGCUUUGAUUUUGGCUUUGAUAUUCAAGAUUGUUUAUUACUUUAUUUACAAACGAUAGUAAAAACAUGGGAACCAAAAUUAAAUAUAAACAAUUACAAUGGGGAAAAAGAAUUGCAUAUUAAUGAAGAUGAAGUAAACGAGUUAAGAAUAAAGUGCAAUAGAAUUGCUGCUUAUAUCUUGGAUAAAGUUGCUUUAAAAAACUAUAUUACAACUGUCUUGUCACAAAUAAAUUUUUACUAUUAUGAAAUAUUUAUUAUUCUUAUGGAUCUCAUAGAAGAAAAAAAUAUAGAACAUAGAAAUUAUUUUUGCUUUUUACAAAAUUAUACUCGCGUUGGUCCAGCUACACAAGUGGAAUGUGACGAAUGGAUGCAUCUUAACCCAGGACAUACAUCCUUACCAUCUAUAGCAGAAUGGCGGUUACCUUUUUUACCUAAAAUUGAAUUGUGGAAACUUAUAACUCCGGAAUUAAAUUUGAAGACUUAUGAGAAAUGGUUAGAUAUUGCUCCUAUUCUUAAAUUACAACCUCAUAUCAUAUGUACUCUAGCCAUAAAAGGAGAAGUAACACAUAUUUGGAAAAAUAAACAUAAAACAACUAAAUGGUCUGUUUGUUUAAAAAAUAAUAGUUUGUUAGAUGACAUAAAAAAAUGUAUAAAAAAAAUGACUGGCCCAGAUGCAUUGUAUUAUGGCACAGCAGCAUUAUAUUAUGUUGUCAAUCAUACACCACCAGAAAAUCAAAUUCAAAUAUUUACGAUUUACAUCGGAACAUAUUUUACAUGUAUAUGGCUUGAAAAAUAAAAAUUAUUUGUCAUUAAUCGGGAAUCCAAAUAAACUAGUUCGUGAACUAUAUGCAGAUGAAAGUAUUCCUCAAAGAUAUCGAUGUGUUAUUGAUCAUAGACCUGAUAUAAAUUCUGCAGUUAAUUCUAUCAGUCAGUUAUUUUCUAUCAAUAUGAUUAAAUUACGGAUGGAAUUAGUACAGGAAUGGCUACAACCAGAUACUAAAUAUAUAAAACUUAAUCGAAGUAUAACAGAUACAUUUUCAGCAACAACAAAUUUCGAAUCAAAUUCAAAUUCUGAUGAUAAUUUAUUGAGAGCAUGCUAUAUUUUAGAAUAUGGAGAUCUCGAAUUUUCAGCAAAUUUUCUUAUAAAUAUAGCUUUUGAUGAAAAAAAUGAAAACUAUAGUCCUGAAGCAUGUUAUAGAGCUCUUCGUAUGUUACAAACUAUAGUUCAUCCCGUUAAAUUGGAACAUUUAACUAAACGUAAUGCCCAAACAAUUAAAAAUUACAUGAGAUCUUUGAAAUAUAUAAGUAAAUUGGAAUCAUUAGGAGUAGGUUACAGUAUAAGUACAUUUGAAACGUGUCAAAAACAUGAACUUAUACAAAUUCUAUGGAAAACACGAAGUUAUUCGCCGCAAGCUCUUGUUAUUAUCGCACAACUUUGCAUAGAUUUUGAAAUAUAUGAAUAUUCUCUCUGGGAUAAAAAUUUAACUAAAUUAGCUAAAUUAUUAAUGAUAAAUGAAUUAAAAACAAUUUUACUACAAAUACGGAAUAUAAAUGCCAUUAUAAAUUCUAAUGGAUAUCUAUUGGGAUGGGAAGUAAUAAUUUCAGAACCUUUUAGAAAAAUGGAUAUGAAUCCAACCUCUGAACAAAUUGAAGACUGCAUCGAAGCUUUACAACUUUUAUAUUCAUGUCCAGUUACACAUAUGUUAAAUUUCACUAAUAUUAUAAAGUAUUGUCUUCAAUGCCAACAAGUACAUUUAGCACUUGCACUUUUACCAUUUUUAAAUGAUGACGAUACAAUAUUUAUUUUGAAGGUAAAUAUAUUUUAUUUUAUUUAAAAUUUAAUAAUGUUAUUUUGAUUAUCAAUUUACGCAUUAUUAUAUAUUUAAAUCCUACUCUUUUUUUUCAGAAAAUCAAAUGUAUGUCUGAUAUUACAAAGGCAUUAGAAGAUUUAAAUAACUUAUAUUCAAAUGGAAUACUUUGUAUAGCUUAUGUAAGUAAAUAGAAUUUUAUUUUAAUUUAAUACAAAAUUUAUAUAGUUUUCUUUCAAUAUAAUUUUAAAGAGUGUAUUUUUUUUGCAGUGUAAUAAAAUUAUAGAAAACACGCUAGCAAAAAUAAAUAUUAAGUCAGAUAAAUAAAUGUAAGAUACUUUUACAUGAAACUAUUUUAAUAAAUAAUUUCUUUUUUAAAUAAUUUAGUUGUUAUAUCAUUAAAAGUCAUUUUUAAAACUUGCAUGUUAUUAAAAAUUCCUUUAUUCUAUUUUUAUAAAACCUAUUAUACAUUUAUUAUAUAAAUUAUAUAUUAAUGAAUUUUACACUUUAUUACGACUCACGCCAUUUGUCUGUAUAAUCUUCAAUUAAUAAGGAUUUAUUUUGAGCUAACUUUAUUUUGAUAGUAUCUGUUUCUGGAUCCACACUGACUGAUUUUAAUACACAUCGAUUUAUUAUCAAAUACUCAGGAUUUUUAGGAUUUCGUCCUUGAAUGUGAUCUAUUUCAUCUCCAAUUUGGACCUAAAUAAUUAAAAUAUAAUAUAUUUCUAUUGUAACAGAUAUUUUUAAUUUUAUAUCAAGUAUCAUACCAUCGUUGCCUUUUUUAAACACUUUUUUCCAUUUAAACGUAAAUUACUAUUGUAAAAAAUCUUAUCUAAUUGGCUAGAAAAAAAGUUAUAUUUUGUAAUAUAUUUUGUAAUAAACAAUAUUAGUUAUAUAUUUCAAUAAAUAAUUCAAUAAUAACUUACGCACGUGACUUUCCAAAACCGCUUUUGGCAAUAACAUCCAAUCGAAGAGAAGGUACUGUAACUUCAAUUAUUUUUGUACCAAUUUCUGUUUCAAAAUCAUCUUCAUCUGAUUCCUCGUCUGAUUCUUCAUCCUUACUCUGUAUAUUUAAAUUUAGACAGUAUAGUACUUUAUAUUUUCAAUUACCAAAGUUAUCAAAUAUUUAUUUAACCUUUUAAUGUAUUAAAUUAUUUAUAAAUAAUAGAAUUAUAAACUAAUUUUGUAUUUAAUUGUAUUUUGAUUUCUUCUUAAUUACAUGUUGCAGAUUUAACUAUAUUUAAGAUAUUCGAUACGCUUUGAAUUAAUAUUAUUUCAUUUUCUCUUUUAUUAAAUUUUAAAUAUCUUUAAGUACAUCGAAACUUUUAUACAAAAUAUUUCUAUUAUUUAUAAUAAAUUAUUUACUCCAAUAAAUAACAAUUUUUUAAACUGUAAAUAUUUAAUUAUCUAUACAUUUUAUUAUAAAAAUAAUUAUAAUAAACCAAUAACUAAAAUAAGUAAAUAAGUAUAUAUGUAUAAAUAUACAAAAUUUAUACUUAACGCAUUGAAUAUACUAAAUAUAAGCGUGCUAAAAUAUAAUGUAAUAAAAUUAUCUUACUUUCUUUGAAAUAUUGCCUUUGCUCUUAAAUCUUACGAAUAUCAUAGAAUUAAGAUUUUGUGGAUUUGAACAAUUUAUAAGUAAAUUGUAUGGCGUAGAACUUAAUUUUAAUACGCUUCUUAAUGCACAUGACAUUUGCGUAUUUAUAUAUUCUGUUCUUCGGAUAAUGUUAAAAAUUGUUCUGCAUAACAUUUUUUAGAAUUAUACACUUAGGUUAUGUUUACAACAAUACACGAGAAAUUAAUUGGUAAUAUGGUUAUACGUUUAGACUAGAUUAAACAAGUAUACAUAUCCUAUUCAUUCGCUUCAUCUCCCAUUUGUGAGUAGGAGGCAAAUAAAUAUUGAUCUAUACAUAUUAUUAGACAUUAAUUCAUUAAUUUUCGUAGAUUAAAAUGAUACUUGUAUCAAAAAUUAGUUGUAAUAUGAUAUUGGAUUAAACAAAAUAUAUACAAAAUGUACAUAUUAUACAAAAUUUAAUAAAUAUAAAAGCUUCACGCAUUUUUCUUUCUUUAAUUGUAAAAUGUUUUUAAGUAUCGAAAAUAAAAAUAUUACAUUUCUACUUUAUUUUGUUUCAUUAUUAUUUAUUGUUAACAUUUGAAUACAAUUUUUCAAUUUUUUGUUACAUUAUGUAAAAAUUUCUCACAUUCUAUAAAUAUUUGCUUUUUAUACUAAAUUUUCAAAAUAUUUUUUACAUUUUAAAUUCUACGAAAAUUAAAAUAAAAACACAAAUUUAAUUAUAUUAAUGACUAGAAUGAAUUAUAUGCUAUAAAAUAUAAUAAAAUAUGUGUUAUAAAAUUAUAACUUAAAAUUCUAUGACAAUUUUUGUUUCAAAUACUUUAAUACGGUAUUGCGAUAUUUUGAAAAGUUAAAUUAAUGAUGAAUAAAUAAUUAAAAGUUAAAUAUUAUGUGUAUACUUUAUUUUAAGAAAUCGUUUUUAAAAUACACAUAAAUAAAAGUAAAUGCUUUCCAGUGGUAGGUAGAACAUGCAUUUAUAUAGUUACAUUUUGAUUAUUAUUCAACAUUGUAAUUUGAAUUUUUUAUAAGAAAAUAGGAUAGAUAAAAUUAAUUUUUUAAUUUAUAUCUCGGUAUUCGUUUUUGUACAGCAAAAGAGUUUAUUUAUGAAAAUACAAUGAUUAUUAUUAUAUUUUAAUAAAAAUUUAACUAUUAUGUAAUGUAAUAAUAUAAUUUACAUAAAAUUUUUUAGUAUUAUUAA